CUCUCUCUCUCUCUCUCUCUCUCUCUCUCUCUCAAGAAGUGAGCUUCGCCGUGAAAUUUCUCCGGUACCGGAGCAUAGAUAACGAGGAGAGCGAAAAUCACUGUUCACGAAGUUUUCUGUAGUUGCGGAUCGCUGUCUCUCUCUCUCUUGUGAGUGAUGCUAGUUACGGUGGUGAAGCUGCGGUUAGUGUACUCUCGCCUGAGAUGUUGCCGGAGAAAUCGAGGACUUCGGUUGUGACCGGAAUCUCUCGUUACAGGAGGCUUUCGUGAUCGAAGAUUUUGUUUUCGUUUUUCCGUUGUGUUUCGAAUUUAUUGAGGGAGAAUGGAAGGACAGGCGAAGCUGACGAGGACACAGUCGUCGUUGCUCCGGUCAUCGUCGACGGUACGAUCGUCUUUUCUCAGCUUAAAUUCAAUCGCCGAUGGCGAUUUUAGCGAGGUCUCUCACCAGAAACAAGAUCUAGAAGCCGGAGAGAAAGAGGAGAAGCAGAGGAGAAAACCGCCUAAACCAUUCGGGUCAAGUCCUCGAACCGGGUUAACCCGAAUUAAUCCGGGUCUAGCCUUCACUAUGGUUUCUCUCUCUUUCUUCAGUCUCUCUUCUUUCUUCUUCUUCGUCGUCUUCUCCCAAACCGAUGAGAUCCUCACUUCGGAGAAUCUCCUCCUAGCUCUGAUCUUCGUCGCCGUCGCUCUCUUCUUCGCCUCCAAGAACAUCGCACUCGUCAACCAAUCCAUAGUCGCAAUCAAGCAAAUCUGCGACGAAACCACCAGACACUUAGGGUUUCUGGGCAGGAAAAACCAAUCGAAACCGGUGCAGUGGUACAUCGGCGACGAAUCGAAGCCGCCGGAGAAGAAGAUCGUAACAACACAAGAAGUAGAGAAGCGAUUCGUCAAGGAAGGUGUUCAAUUCUACAGCAAUGGAGAUUUCUACGAAGGGGAAUUUAACAAAGGCAAGUGCAAUGGGAGUGGUGUUUAUUACUACUUCGUGAGAGGAAGAUACGAAGGCGAUUGGAUCGAUGGGAGAUACGAUGGUCACGGGAUUGAGAGUUGGGCUAGAGGAAGUAGAUACAAAGGUCAGUAUAGGCAAGGUCUUAGACAUGGUUAUGGAGUUUACAGGUUCUACACUGGAGAUUGUUAUGCUGGUGAAUGGUUCAAUGGCCAAAGCCAUGGCUUUGGUGUUCAAUCUUGCGCUGAUGGUAGCUCUUAUAUUGGAGAAUCAAGAUUUGGUGUCAAACAUGGACUUGGAUCUUACCAUUUCAGAAAUGGAGAUAAGUAUGCAGGAGAGUACUUUGGAGACAAAAUCCAUGGAUUUGGUGUGUAUCGUUUCGCUAAUGGUCAUUGUUACGAAGGAGCAUGGCACGAAGGUCGUAAGCAAGGGUAUGGUGCUUACUCGUUCAGAAACGGUGAUGCUAAAUCCGGUGAAUGGGACUCGGGAAAGCUUGUGACUUUUCUUCCUCUUACGAGCGAGCCGGUUCGAAGAGCGGUUCAGGCUGCUCGAGAAACAGCGAAGAAGGCAGUGAACCGGAGACGAGUAGACGAGCAAGUGAGCCGAGCCGUGGCUGCAGCCAACAAGGCUGCAACGGCUGCAAGAGUGGCUGCGGUGAGAGCCGUUCAGAAUCAGAUGGAUGGUAAUUUUUGUCAAAAUUGAAAAUUUGUGGGGGAAAAAAAGUGUAAAUCAUUUUUAUUUUUGUUUUUAAUAUUUUUAGUUUUAUUACCCGGUUUUCUCUGUAACCCUGAUUGAGCUAAAAGAAUGGAAGCUUGUUUCAGAGGUUUUUAACAGAGUAAUUUUCGAUCUUUUAUUAUUAUUACUGUAACAAUCUGUAAAUAGAAGAAGCAGAAGAAGCUGGUUUCUUUUUUAUGUAAAUCAACGGCUUGAUGAUGGAGCUUUUUCUU